AUGUGUGUGCUGCUCGACAAAUUCGAUGAGCACGAUGGUCCCGUAAGAGGCAUUUGUUUCCAUCAGGACCAACCUAUUUUUGUUUCCGGAGGAGAUGACUAUAAAAUAAAGAUGACCAAACUGUUCGUAUUUGGAAUUGGCAAGUCGAGAAAUUCUAUCGCCAUUCUCACUGGACACAAUCAUUAUGUGAUGUGUGCGCAGUUUCAUCCUUCCGAAGAUCUCGUAGCAUCCGCAUCACUUGAUCAGACUGUUCGAAUUUGGGAUAUCUCCGGAAAGAAACAGCUGCCUGGCGGUGGUGGCAGUGUACCCAGAUCGGGAACAGGACCACAGUCACAAGCUGACUUGUUUGGACAACCGGAUGUCGUUGUUAAGCACGUGCUAGAAGGACAUGACAGAGGUGUAAACUGGGUGGCCUUCCAUCACACUAUGCCCAUUCUUGUAUCGGGUUCCGAUGACCGUUUAGUGGAUAGCUGUCGUGGCCACUACAAUAACGUGUCGUCGGUUCUUUUCCAUCCAAAAGCGGAGCUGAUUCUCUCCAAUUCAGAGGAUAAGUCCAUUAGAGUGUGGGAUUUGCAGAAGAGGACCAGCCUCCACGUUUUUAGACAUGAGAACGAGCGAUUCUGGGUCUUGUCGGCUCAUCCAAAUCUCAACAUGUUCGCAGCUGGUCAUGACAAUGGCAUGAUUGUAUUCAAGAUUCAACGCGAGAGACCGGCGUACUGCAUUACUGAAAAUCUUGCCUUCUAUGUCAAGGACAAGCAACUUCGACGUCUUGAUCUCACUACCAACAAGGAUCAGGGAAUGUGCAAACUUCGAGCUGCAGCUGCGUUCAUGCAGCCCUAUUAUGCGCUGUCAUACAAAUCCGGCCGAGAAUGCGUACCCAAAGAUUCGGACGGAAACACGGAAGCACCAGUAAAUCGUUCUCCUGGAAUCGCUGCCGUCUGGGUUGCUCGUAAUAGAUAUGCCGUCUUGGAUAAGAACCAGCAGAUUUCUCUUCGUGAUCUGUCGAACAAGGAAGUGCGCAAGAUCGAAAUGAAUAUUCCCAUUGACGAUUUGUUCUAUGCGGGAACUGGUGUGAUCCUGUUGAGAAACGAAGAGGGUCUACAGUUAUUUGAUGUUCAGCAGAAACGAGUGAUGGCGCAUGUUAAAGCCAGUAAGGUGCGAUAUGUAAUCUGGUCAAAGAACAUGGAGUAUGGAGCGCUGCUUUCCAAGCAUACCCUCACGCUCAUAAAUCGAAAAUUGGAGGUGCUGUGCUCGCAACAAGAGUCUACACGCGUGAAAAGUGGUGCUUGGGACGAUGACGGCGUUUUCUUGUACACUACUAGCAAUCAUAUCAAGUAUGCUCUGACUGCUGGAGAUUGUGGCAUCGUUCGUACUCUCGACUUGCCCCUUUAUGUCCUAGCCGUUCGUGGUAACAUCUUGUAUUGUUUGAAUAGAGAGGCGACACCCGUCGAGGUGCCGAUUGAUCCAACGGAGUAUCGAUUCAAAUUGGCGCUGAUUAAUCGACGCAUUGAUGAGGUGCUGAAUAUGGUGAAGAGCUCAACAUUGUUGGCCAAUCGAUUUAAUCAGCUCUAUCUAGAGAAGAAGGGUUAUCCCGAAAUUGCACUGCAUUUCGUGAAGGACGAGCGAACUCGUUUUGGUCUUGCUCUUGAGUGCGGAAAUCUCGAUGUGGCUCUCGAGGCAGCCAAGAUUUGCGAUGACAAGUCUAUAUGGGAGGCCCUGGGUGAGGCAGCUCUGAUUCAGGGUAAUCACCAGGUCGUUGAGAUGGCCUAUCAAAGGACAAAGAACUUCGAAAAGCUGUCGUUCCUUUAUCUUGUUACCGGCAACAGCGAGAAAUUGUCAAAGAUGAUGAAGAUUGCUCAGAUGAGGAAUGAUGCUCACGGCCAUUACCAAACGGCCCUGUAUCUCGGGGACAUCGAGGAAAGAAUUAAAGUACUGAAAGGUGUUGGACAAACAUCACUUGCCUAUCUGACUGCAGCAACCCAUGGUCACGAGGAAGAAGCGAAUCUCUUGCGGGCUGAACUAGAAUCUAAAGGACAAACUAUUCCUCCUAUUGAUCCUAACGCUAAACUUUUAGUUCCACCUCCACCGAUCUGCAAGCUGGAGGAAAACUGGCCUCUGCUUGCAACUGCACGAGGUCCGUUCGAACUACUCGGUCUUGUUCCUCCAAGCAAACGGGGCGGGGGUUGCUCACAAGCCGGCAGCGGCUGCAUGGAGGAAGGUGAAGCAUGGGGAGAGGAGGGAGAUUACCUUGUUGGUGAAGACGGAGAAAUUGAAGUUGAUGAUGAUGACAUUCUUGCUGGCACUGCUGAAGAGGGAGAAGCAGGGUGGGAUGUCGAGGACGAUUUGGCGAUUCCCGAUGUACCUGUAGGAGCUGGAGCUGAGGACGUUGUUGUACCGAACCGUGCCCAGCCUCCACCUUCACAUUGGCCGGCCAACAGCCGGCUUGUGGCAGAUCAUGUAGCAGCAGGAUCGUUCGAAUCUGCGCUUCGUCUGCUCCACGAUCAGCUCGGUGUUGUGAAUAAGAAGCCGUUUAAGGAAGUUUUCAUGGCUACAUAUGCCUGCUCACGUGUCACAUUCACUGCAUUGCCAAAUACUAAAGUGCUCUUCGGAUAUCCUCUGAGAAAUUGGCAGGAAGCGUCUGGAAAGAGUGGUCUGCCAGCAGUUACGGUAACUUUAGCCGAUUUGGCUGCGCGACUUCAAGGGUGCUAUCAUAUGACAACCGCUGGUAAAUUUGCCGAUGCUAUCGACAAGCUUCGUAAAAUUCUUCUAUUCGUUCCGAUGCUCGUCGUCAGCUCGAAGCAAGAGGUAGCUGAGGCUGAACAGCUCAUCGAAAUAUGUAGAAAUUAUUUGGUUGGGCUACUGAUGGAGACGGCAAGAAAGGAAAUACCAAAGACCUCACCGGCUGAAUUGAAACGAAAUGCCGAAAUGUUGGCAUACUUCACGCAUUGUGAACUUCAGCCGGUGCAUCGGAUUCUAACGCUAAGAACAGCAAUAAAUGCGUUCUUCAAGUUGAAGCAGAUGCGAACUUGUGCAUCGAUGUGUAAACGACUUCUGGAACUUGGUAAG